AUGAAGCAUUUCAUCGCAGUAGCUCUUUUGUGUCUCGGAGUGGCCAAGCUCUCCGAAGCCGGUCGUCCCGUUUCGACGGAAGUCGUUCAGAAGCUGAAGGACAUCGAACCAGUGUACAAACAGCUGCAGGACACAGUGAUCAACGAGGUUGCGGGAGCUAAAUUAGCUACAGCGACUAGGACCGAUGCAUUCUACAAAGCAGUCAUUGCCGAUAAGGAGAUAUCUCUGGCUACAACGGUGCAGCUGGAGGAUGAUAUGGUGUACCAGCUGAAUGGACAAGGACCGUCGGCCGACGCGAGCUGUCUGCAAUUUAUCCGCAGUCUCGUAGACAGCAACAUGAACGUCGCUGGUGUUGGCUACUCGAACUGUGUCAACACGGUGGAAGCGGCAGUGAACGAGGAGCUGGACAAGGUCUACCAGCUGCUGCAGAUUGAUGAAUCGGAGCUUUUCGAUAUCAGUCUGCUGGAUGUGUUCCGCGGCGAGAACAUCAUCAUGGAUCCAUCGAAGAUCAUCCAAAAAUUGGACGACAAGAGAUCCGAGAUUGACGGAAUUUCGCUGAACUUUGUUUCCACAAUCAACGCAGCCGUCAAUGCGUAUGCAUCCCGGCUGGGUGAUCUGCAAAAUUCGUACAAAACCUGUCUGCUCAACAACGAAUCCAUUCUGAAGCUCACUUUCGAGAGCAGCAAGAACCAACUUGUUCAAAUUUGCUUGGGAACGAUUGUCCAAUGA